ACAACUCACAACUCACGAGUCACGAGUUAUUAAAUCUUCAUCUUCAUUAAAUAAAUUAUUCACUCUCUCUCUCUCUCUCUCUCUCUCUCUCUCUCUCUCUCUCUCUCUACGCGCAAUCGCAAUGACCAGUUCUUCAGCUGCUUCUCGCAAGACUCUCAGUAAGAUUGCCUGCAAUAGGCUCCAGAAAGAACUCCUCGAGUGGCAGGUUAAUCCCCCAACUGGUUUCAAACACAAAGUCACCGACAAUCUCCAAAGGUGGGUUAUUGAAGUGGCUGGAGCUCCUGGGACACUUUACACCAAUGAGACCUAUCAGCUUCAGGUUGAUUUUCCUGAGAAUUAUCCUAUGGAAGCUCCACAGGUGAUAUUCUUGCAUCCGGCUCCGUUGCAUCCUCACAUCUACAGCAAUGGCCAUAUUUGUUUAGAUAUAUUAUAUGAUUCAUGGUCUCCUGCAAUGACUGUUAGUUCUAUCUGCAUUAGCAUACUGUCAAUGCUUUCAAGCUCAACUGCAAAGCAACGCCCUGAAGAUAAUGAUCGCUAUGUAAAGAACUGCAGAAACGGAAGAUCGCCAAGGAGACAAGGUGGUGGUUCCAUGAUGACAAAGUAUGAUAACUAGUUAUCACUAAUAAGUUCACAAAACCAGAGUAGAGGAUUAUCCUUCUAAAUGGAAUAUCAAGUCAUGGAAGAAAAAAAAAACAUAAUGAGAGACCAAGAUCCCUUUAUUUAAAUGGAUAAUUACUCUCCUGUAAAUUAAAAUUGCCCGGUAAUUUGUAAAGGAAGAGGAAAUCAGGAAACUAUGUGAGCAAAUUUGAAGAUCAAACAAACUCGGAACAUUGUUGUUAAUCUCAUUGAUAUUUGGAUGUGGAUAUAGAUGGCUGAUUAACCCUCAUAUUUGGUGAAUCGUGUUUAAUGUUUUUCUCUGACUUAUAUGUGUUCUCUAAUUGACAAUAUACAUGCAUAAUAUUUGUGGCUUCAA